AUCACUGUUGCUCAAACAAUGUCCCCAAGUCACUUCGAUCAGCCGGGGAAGUUUGAGUCCGUACCUCUCCCGACAGAGAGGCCCGAAGUCGAUAAUGAUGGCUUCUUUCCUCCAAGUUGGCUGGGGCAGAAGCCUCCUGUCCAAGGCCGAAGUCGUCCGUCGACCGCAGAAACCGAAACGACAGCGCGAUCCCACUAGACGCUGGAUUGGGUUCAUGAGGGCUUACAACCUGCCCCUCUCUCUCUCUCUCUCUCUAUUCUACCGAAGCAGAUCUGGUUGGACGUAACAAUGGCGCUCUUUGGAGUUUCACUGCAUUUGUUUUUUCUGGCUGGACAAUUUUCUGCUGGUGCUUUACUGAGGCCAUCGAGUUGUCAAAUUUACCAUGAUUCACCUCCUCUCCGGCCUUGAUAAAUGAGAUGUUCUCUGCAAGUAGCACGGUUAGAAUGAGCCUUGAAGACCGUACUACUCCGUACAGUAUGUACAUACAGCACAUUGUCGUCAUGUGAUCGCAGCAAAUGGGCGCCUCGGGCAGUGACGUUAUGUCCUGACCGUAUGUCUUGGUUCUGUAAUC